AUGACAUUGUUUGGGACGACCAUCGAAUUUCCACCAAUUUUCAAGCGAGACAUGAUGAAGGAUAUUUCUCACAGGAUUACAAAAUCAGCAACAACGCUUUGUUUUCUCAACCAUUACACCAUUUUGCGAAAAAUAAUACCUGAAACAUUUUUGUUAGCAAUGCAGGACUACAAAGCCUUCCACAGCUCCAUCAACGAAUCAACAACAUCAAACAACAAAGUGGCUAGCAGCAUCGUGAACGUCAUGCUUAGCCAGAAAAGUGAAACCAAAAAUUCAUCAGUGACCACGCGUCCCAACACUCACAGUGUCGAUGGCUGCAGCGAUUGUUGUGGCAGACGUUAUGCUGAGGAAAUUAAAAAUUCCAAUAUCAACUUCGACGGCAAAAACAGCGCUGAUUAUUGUACUGAUGUCAAAAGUAUGAAGCAUGUUGAUAGAGAUAAAUUUUUAAGCGAUAACGAUAUUUAUGAAUAUGGAGUAACUACAAAUCAAAUUAACAAAAAGUUAAUUAUGUUCGAAAAUGAGACUGGUUGCAAAAGUGAUCCCACGGCGGCUUCCAGUUGUGAUGCAGACCGCCAUCGUCUCGCUGACAGCAGCAGGAUAUUAGAUAAAAUCAGAACAACUAAAGAGAAAUAUGAAGUAGAAAAAAAGAAAGAUGAUGGAGAGAACGAGCGCGGAAGAAUCAAGAUAUUGGAAGACAAGUUGAAAUGCUGCCAAAAACUUUUAGACCGUGAAAAAAAAUGCUGGCAAACUGAAAAAUGUUCCGUGGUUCAAUACCAGCAAAAACUUGAGGAGAGAUACAUUAGAGUCAUGAAAGAAAACGAACUGCUGACGGGCAAACUGCAAAAAUUAACAAGUGAAGUAGAAAAAUUGCAACAAAAACGAAGCCACUUGUAG